GACCUAUCAUUAAUUUUCAUUUUUCAAUUCACUCAUAAACAACCACUAAUGAUAUAUAAGAUUAUAUAAAUGAAUAUUGGUUGGUAGACUGGUCGACUGUCAUUAACAAUAUUUAUAAUAAAAACUUUUGCAAAUAUAAAUAGAUAUAUAUACAUAUAUAUUUAGUGAGAUAAAUACAACUACGAAUUGGAAGGUAUUUUGUUAAAAAUAUUCAUUCAAGAAGGCGAUAAAAUGAUGAACGAAUUGAAUAAAUAUUUGAAAACACUAUGCAGACAACCGAUCAAUCAUGAUUUAGAAGUUAUUGUAGUCGGUUUAAAUAAAACGGGAACAACUUGUUUAAAAUCAGCGCUCGAAGUUCUAUUCAAUGGAUCAACAUGUUUUCAUUAUACAGAUUUAAUGUAUCAAUCAAAUGAUGUUAUAGAAAAAUGGUUAGAAGUACACUUAUAUCAGUAUCAAAAACACUUGAAUGGUUAUCAGUUUAAUACACGUGAAUUAUUGAAAACAUUAUUAAAAAAGUAUCAGUGUGUCUCUGGAAUACCAGUUACACCGUUUCUUAGUGAUUUACUAGAAAUGUAUCCAAAAGCUAAAGUUAUUCUAACUGUACGUGAUCCUGAAGUAUGGUUUGCUGCUUGUCGAGCCACUCUUAUUCCCUACCGGCCAAAACAAUCAAUACUCCGACAAACACUCUACAAAUUACCCAUGUUCUCUUGGUUAUCUCACCUUGAUUAUUUAAAGGUGUUAUCAUUACAGAACACAUUGGGUAGGAAGACUAAUUUAAAAAGUGACAAUGAACUACUGAGUGCUUACAGUCGAUGGAAUGAACAUGUUCAAUCGAUUGUGCCUAAAGAGCGUUUAUUAGUGUACAAUAUUAAACAAGGUUGGCUGCCUUUAUGUAAUUUUCUCGGUAAACCUAUACCGUCUACUGCAUUCCCCGGUAGAAAUUCAUUAAUAAUAUGCAAAAGUUUAUUACGUCAUACCCAAAGAAUAUUUCAUGUAUUACUUUAUAUUUUCAUUUAUUGUGUUAUUAUUCUACAUUUCAUUAAUUUUUUUAGAUAAACAUUAUUUUUUUUUUAAAAAAAAAACAAUUUUACGCUAUAUCUUUCAUUGUAUACUUUGAUUUACUUUGCACAAAACGAAAGACAAAAUGUAUUUUCUGUACAAAGAAACAAACAAAUAAAAAGUAACUAUGAUCACUAUUAAACCUUGAACAUAUAUUUUUAAUUAUUCUGCUGUUUGUUUUGUGAAAUGCUAAGAAUUAUUUCAUUAUUUAUUUUGAAAAUAUACUCAUCACCGUG